UAUCCCCUUCGCGGCUCCCCCUGCUCAGAGACAGCUCCUCACUUCAGGUGCUCAGGACCCUUCGCUGAACCACCAUGAAGUUUGUCAUCCUCACACUGGCCUUGGCUGCCCUGACAGGGUCUCAGGCUUUUGUCCUCAGAGAUAAUGAGCCGGAUUCCAAGCUGGCUAAACUAACCCAGGAGUGGGAGGAAUCUGCGAGGAACAUCAGCAGAACAGCAGAAAAUAAACUGACAUUGUUCAAGAGAUCAGAGCUAGGCCGCGAGCUACAACACCUGACUGAGCAAGGCUUUAGCACUGUCGCCAGACCCUUCUCUGACCUGGAACGUAAAUUACCAACUGAAGUCACAGAAACAGCUGAACUGGUUUUCGGGGUACCAGGGAAGGUUGUGGAAAAGGUUAUCACUGGUCUACAUGAUCUGCAGAGAUAUGGCAGGCCUACUGUAGAGGAUUUCUACAAAGAACUGCAAUCUGCACUGGCAGUUUACGUUGACCCGGUGCUAGAGAGAGUGGGUCCAUAUACAGAGACCCUGCGCCUCACUCUCGUUGCCAGAAUCCAGAAGCCAGACCCCAAGCUGGAUGAGAAGCUGCUUCAGCAACUGGAAUCUCUGAGGAUUCAGCUGCAUCCAAACAUCAAGAAGUUGGAAGACUUCCAGACAUCCCUUAAGCCGUAUGUUGACGAGGCCCAGAAGCUGUUCAGAAAAGGAGUGGAGACAGUCCACAAGCACUUGUUGCAGCCUUACAUUGCCCCCAUCAUGCAGAUGUCCCAAAAGUAUAAAGGUGAAUUUAAGAAGUGGGCUGCAACCCCUUUGUUUCCCCCCAAUCCAUGAUCUUUCUCACAAGAAAUGGAAGAUGUAACCUUGGCCAUCAUCUACAUGGAAAUCACUGUGAAAGGGCUUAUUGGCAUAUGUGCCUUCAAGAAUUGGCUGGGUGGUGUGUAUGUACGUAAAUCUGUGAUCUUCUCUGGAUCACGUAAUAAAGGAUAUGUCCCCCUAACAA